GGGUCCUGGGGACCUCGCGCUCCAGUCGUUCCCAGGCCUAUGCCCGGGUGACUCUGUGGAGUGGAGUCGCUUCCCUAAGGCAGUCGGCUGGGGUGCUGUUGUACUGCAGGAAGUCUCCCCUAGUUCCAGGCUCCUAGGUCACCCCUUUACCUCUGAUCCCUGGAUCCUUCCCGCCUCAGGAAAAGCACGCAGGGCUCAACUUGGGCCCAGUGAGAAUCACAGUUUAGCGUGGUGGAGCAUGCCUUUAAUUCCAGCACUUGGAAGAGAGAGGAUCGCUGUGAGUUCGAGGCCAGCCUGGAAUUACAUACUGAAUUCUAGUUGAUACCUGUCGAGAAACUCUUAAUCUGUACCUGGAAAGGCCAGAAUGGAUAUCUCAAUGCCCCUACCUCAGAUAUAUGUAGAGCAAACGCUGGCUAUUAUCAAACCAGAUAUUGUUGACAAAGAGGAAGAAAUACAUGAUAUUAUUCUCAGAUCUGGAUUCACAAUUGUUCAGAGACGAAAACUACAUCUUAGCCCUGAGCACUGUAGUAACUUUUAUGUGGAACAGUAUGGAAAAAUGUUUUUCCCAAAUUUAACAGCUUAUAUGAGUUCUGGACCACUUAUUGCUAUGAUAUUAGCUAGACAUAACGCCAUCUCUUACUGGAAAGAACUUUUGGGACCAACUAAUAGUUUACUGGCUAAGGAGACACACCCAGACAGUCUAAGGGCAAUUUAUGGCACAGAUGACUUAAGGAAUGCACUUCAUGGGAGUAAUGACUUUGCUGCAGCGGAAAGAGAAAUUCGUUUCAUGUUUCCUAAAGUGAUUAUUGAGCCCAUUCCAAUUGGACAAGCAGCAAAGGACUAUUUAAAUUUAUAUGUAAUACCAACUCUACUUGAAGGACUUACAGAGCUUUGUAAGCAAAAACCAGCUGAUCCUUUGAUUUGGCUAGCUGAUUGGCUGCUGAGAAACAAUCCCAACAAACCUAAACUUCAUCUCUAUUCAGUAGCACCAGAGCCUUUAGUUCCUCCAGACCAAGAAUGAACUACCUUAAAAGCCUGUGUGUCUACUUUCUAAAGAAAUUACUGUCCUGAGGGUUUAAGUAACUAAAUGUGAUGAUUCCUUAAAAAUAAAUAUUAAAGAAAUAACUGACCUAUACAACAGAUAACAUUGAAGGUAAAAUAUAGAUUGGGGAGUAUAAUUUUAAUAAUGAUGUAAUAUUAAGUAGAAGUUGAGUUA